AUUUAAUAAGUGGUGUGAUAGUCUGAAGCCUUAAAAGGAUGGCACACAGGUUUCAAUGUGCAGUUUGCACAUCAAGUGAAGUCUUAUAGUCAGAAAUGUUAAGAUUUCUUACCCACAGUCUGUGGAAGGUUAUCUUCCUACUGAGCUUUAUAACAAUAGGAUGUGGACAUGCUGACUCAACCUGCACAACACGCAGAUGUCUGGCUGAAAUGUUGAUCAGUCAAAGCCGUCUAUCUCAGCCACAGUCUGAAAACUGCACCCAAAAGAUUAAUGUGCCACUCAUUGAGUACCAGACUCUGUCAGUUGACACAAAGAAUCUCCGCCUAAUAAGUUGGCUGCAUGCUGCACUUGCAUGGAUAGAUCCUGACUUGGGAUGGAACACAUCAGUUUACCCGUAUAACACAGUGGUUCUGCCAGUAAACACAGUCUGGACCCCAGAACUCCAUGUGACAAACGGAAUAACAACAACUAUGGAGCACGCUUCCAGUGAUCUGCUGGUAAACAGCAAUGGCUCAGUGAAGCAUGAUGUGAUCAUAAAUGCAGAGGUGAACUGUCAAGUUAACCUCUUCAAUUAUCCCUUCGCUAGUGAUAAAUGCCCUGUCGCAAUCCAAACUUGGUCCAAAGAUGGAUGUGGUACAGAGCUGGCAUUUGGUAAGGUGAUCUUGAUUAAUAGCAACCAUGGAGAUUGGCAAACUGACAGUGUGGCCAUCGAGCAACAUGUAAGCCAAGAUAAUCGCAAAUACAUCAUGGUGGCAUUGAGCCUCAACUUUAUGAACCCCUUCAUGACGUUACUGCUGCCCAGUUAUCUGAUCAUCUUAGCUGAUGUGUUCAGCUUCUCUCUGUCGCUGGAAGGCGGCGAACGCAACUCUUUCAAAGUCACUCUGGUGCUCAGCUUCACCAUGUUCCUCAUCAUCCUCAACGAUCAGCUCCCCGGAGACAGCCAGUGCAGCCCCAUCAUCCGAAUCCACUUCGCUGUUUGUCUGGUCCUCAUGGUAUUGAGCAUGCUGGUGUCCAUGAUGCUGACACGGUUGGCCAAAGACGGCAGCCUCAUUUUCUACUCCAAGGGGUCAGUCCCAGAAAACACAGCAAACAAUGACAAAAAAGAGGAUGAGGAAGUCAAAGCUGACAUUAGUGUUGUUCAGCUGAACGGUUCAGAGGAGUACAGUCGAAUGCUCAGAAAGGUGUCCAACUUCCUGGAAGCUCUUGAAGCACAGACACAGAAAAUUGAGAGAAAUCAAAUGUUUGCCAACAAAAUUGACAAGACAUAUUUCUGGUGCUAUUUAAUACUAGGCUCUAUGUAUUUUUUUGCCACGACUUAUGUUAUGAUAAACUAUGAAUGUAAAACCAACCAUUUUGAUUUCUGGUACUAAUAAAACACAUCAUUACU